AUGUCAAGACACCGUGUCAAAGCCGUCGGUUAUGACGAUGACGAUUUUGAGGACGACGAUGGCUAUGACUCACCCGAUCCCGAGGAGCAGGAGUUCUUGCAGCAGUGCACAGCUUCCGUCCAGGCGGAGCUUCGCGCGGGGCAACCGUCAGUGACGGCCACGACGCAGGAAAUCCACGAUGCCCUGUGGCAUUAUUACAAUGAUAUUGAGAAAUCGGUGAACUACUUGAGAGGGAAGAAGGAGAAGGAAAUGAAGAAAACGCAAGCUCCGGCUGUACAGAAGAAGAAGGGUCAAAGUGGUCUCCCAGUGCCAGGAUUUCCCGCACCUUUACCGGACGAUUCCCCCUUCUCCACCACCGAGUUCUUCCACGAUUGUCCCUGGCUCAACGUUCCCGCCCAUCGCAAGGCCGAUAUUCUGAUUCAACCGCGUUAUCCACGGCUUGGACUUUUAGGCGGUGCACCAGAGUCAGGUGGAAAGGUGUCCAAGCUUGCUGCUUUGGCCGCGGCGAGGAAGAAGAAAGAGAGCGAAAAGCCGGCAACUUCAUCGGAGCCCGUGUCAACACAGCAGUCUGAAGACUCGGAAAGACAGGCACAGAAGCCGUCCGGGGCACCUCUUUCCCUCAGAGAGAGACUCGCUGCCAGUAAGCUCUCAAAGCCUUCAGAGACAAGCGGCGGCCUCCGUCGUCUAGGAAAACCUGCUGCGUCCUCAUCUUCUCCGGCCAAACAACAACCAGCACCGGAGCAGAGCAACUCUCCUGUGCCUGCUGAGCCUGAGCCAGCCAAGCAGGAAGAACCGAAAGUUGAACUCGAGCCUGAACCAGCUGUACCCAGCAUUCGUGCACCCCCUUCCAGCUUUGCCAGCGUCAUCCUCGGGAGUACGGCGGGACCAACCGUUGCUGAGCCCAGCCAUGUCAAAUCCACCAACGUGGACAUCCUAGAAAUCUACGGCCAACAGCAUGCUGAACCCUUUGACUUUACAGCCCCCAGUCCCGAUGACGUGGUGAUGAAUGCGCAGAAUACAGCAAAAGGACUCAAAUCCAAGCCAGGAGCGUCCAAGACAACUGAAGGCCAGAAGAAUCAGGCCGACCUGGCUGGCGGCAUGAAAGAUCUCUCCGUUGAAGAAAAGAUUACCGUGAAGAGCAAGAAUCUCGAUGUCUUGGCAGAGUACAACAAGUCAAAACGCAAGAAGUCAGCUAACUUUGUGGUCAUCGGGCAUGUGGAUGCUGGUAAAAGUACGCUCAUGGGUCGACUGCUGGCAGAUCAAGGAGCCAUCGAUCAACGUACUUUGGAGAAGUAUAAGAAAGAGGCGGAGAAGAUCGGGAAGGGAUCUUUUGCUCUCGCCUGGGUGUUGGAUCAGGGCUCGGAGGAGCGUGCACGAGGUGUGACGAUCGACAUUGCUACCAACAAGUUUGAGACCGAGACUACGGCCUUUACCAUUGUGGACGCACCAGGGCACCGUGAUUUCGUGCCCAAUAUGAUCGCCGGUGCUAGUCAAGCGGAUUUUGCGGUCCUCGUCAUCGAUUCGAGCGUGGGCAAGUUCGAGUCUGGUUUGAAGGGUCAAACCAAGGAGCACGCGCUCCUCGUGCGAAGUAUGGGAGUCCAGAAGAUUAUCGUCGCUGUCAACAAAAUGGAUGCGGUGCAAUGGGAUGUUGAGCGCUUCCGGGAGAUUGAGCAACAAAUCUCGGCCUUUUUGACCACGGCAGGGUUCCAACCGAAGAACAUUUCAUUUGUGCCCUGUUCGGGUGUUCUUGGUGACAAUAUCACUCGCCGGAGUGACGAUCCCAAGUCUUCCUGGUAUCAAGGCCGCACCCUGAUCGAGGAGCUCGAGACCUCAGAACGCUACACCCAUGCCCUGGACAAGCCACUGCGGAUGACUAUUGGCGAUGUCUUCCGUGGGGGUGUUCAAAAUCCCCUUUCGAUCUCUGGACGUCUGGAUUCGGGCAGUCUACAGAUGGGCGAUCAAAUCCUCGUGAUGCCGAGCGGCGAGACUGCAUUGGUUCGGAGCAUCGAGGUAGAUGGUGAACCUAGCGACUGGGCGGUGGCGGGCCAGAAUGUCGUCCUCAACUUGGCCAACAUUGAUCCCAUCCAUCUGCGCUCGGGGGAUGUGAUCUGUCAUGCGUCAGCGCCCAUCAAGACAAUCACCACAUUCACCGCGAAAGUUCUUGCCUUUGAACAUUUGAUGCCUAUGGAAGUCGAUGUCCAUCGUGGCCGUCUGCACGUCCCCGCCCGGAUCAGUAAAUUGGUGGCCUCGCUCGAUAAGGCCUCGGGUGCGACGCUGAAAAAGCGUCCGAAGGUUGUGGCGCCGGGCACCGUGGCUCGGGUGGAGGUGAAGAUGGACCAAGCAGUGCCCCUGGAGGCGCCCACGCGCAUCGUCCUCCGUGCCGGUGGUGCAACGGUGGCCGCUGGGUUUUUGGAGUAA